AUAAGUUGUUUCAAUUUCGAAAUUCGUUUUGCUAGGCCAUGGCAUCACUACCCCAAAUGUCUGCCACAUUAGGAACUUGCAUAAGCUGGAAAAUUAAGAUGAGUGACGCACGACCAUGCAUUGCUCAAAUACACAAGAAGAAGAAGAAUAGUUGUUUGAAGGGUGCGUUGUUUCCAUUGACAUUGGUGGAAGAAAAGAAGCCGAAAAUAGGGUUACGGAAAGAGCGAAGUGAAAAAUGGAAAGUGGGAGUAGGGGAAAGUGGCGAGUUGGUGGCACGUUCAGUUAUAGAGAGCAUUGUGAAAGAUUUCCACCGUGCCUUGAAUGAUAAAAACAUGGAGGAAUUGCAGCAGUUGAUUUCGGAUGAUUGUGAGUACCAGGACUACCUCUUCUACAGUCCCUACAAAGGCCAGGAGAAUGUGAUCAAAUUCUUGGAGAACGUUAUGGAAGCGAUGGGUCCAAAUAUAAAAAUUGCUGUGCGAGAUAUCAACGUGGAAGAUGUCGAUGUCAAACAUACCAAAGAGGCCAAACUCAUGGCUACACUGUUUUGGCACCUGGAGUGGGGAAAGGACAAAAAGAAGUUACCCUUCUCAAAAGGAUGCAGAUUCUUUUGGUUUGAAGAAGUUGAAGGAAGAUUGGUUAUUAGCAAGAUUACAGGCUUGGAGGAACUUCCAAUAAAACCGGGUGAACUAGUACUGAAUGCCUUAAAAGCAAUUAGUUCCUUUUUGGACAGCUAUCCACCCAUGGCUUCAGCGUUGCUUAACUAUCCUGCCUUUCGAGAUGAUUGAUGGCACACAUGAUUGGGUCGGUGAAGUCAAUUUCAUGCUUUUAACACUUCAAAUCUCCUCCUAUUUAUGAAUCAACAAU